AUGACGGUACUGUUCAUAUGUCAUAUACUACAACCUGUGUAAGAGCAAUACAAAUGCAUUUGUUAGGACUGUAGAUGAAUUCAUUUGAAUAUUUUAUUGGAUGACUUUAUUGGAUCUUACUUUAUCAAGCAUAUAAAAGAGGAUGUUUUAGAACUUCUAGUUACAGUUGCAGUUGUAGAAUGUGAAUAGUAAAAAAACUGUUAUAAAAUUUUAGUUUAGUGUAAAUUUGAACUGUGUUUGUAAAAAUCAGUUUUUAAUGGAUAAAUUCAAUACAACAACUCCUUGUUUUAUUGGAGCCAUGCCUUUAAACAUUUCCACCUUAGUAACUACUACUGGACCACAUUUUGCAAGGCAAUUGAUGCGUUUCAAUAAUCAAACAGUUGUUAGUAAAGUACCUGAAGAUAUAUUACAUUUAAUUGAUCCAUAUUGGAUGGUGUGGAAAUGGUGUAGUGGUUUAUGUAUUUAUAAUGACACCAGCUUUAAGAACACCAAGUAAUCUUCUUGUAGUAAAUCUUGCUUUUUCUGAUUUCAUUAUGAUGGGUUUUAUGUGUCCUCCUAUGGUGAUUUGUUGUUUUUAUGAAACAUGGGUUCUUGGUACCUUAAUGUGUGAUAUUUAUGCAAUGGUUGGAUCAUUAUGUGGAUGUGCUUCUAUAUGGACCAUGACAGCUAUUGCUUUAGAUAGGUAUAAUGUUAUAGUGAAGGGAAUGUCUGGAACUCCACUUACCAUCAAAAGAGCUAUAGUUCAAAUAUUAGGUAUUUGGUCUUUUGGUUCAAUAUGGACAAUCUUACCUCUAGUAGGAUGGAAUAGAUAUGUUCCAGAAGGUAAUAUGACAGCAUGUGGAACAGAUUAUUUAACGCAAGAUUGGGGGUCUAAGUCAUACAUAUUGGUUUAUUCUGUUUUUGUUUAUUACACUCCAUUAUUCACCAUUAUUUAUAGUUAUUACUUUAUUGUCUCAACUGUCGCAGCACAUGAAAAAGCAAUGAGAGAACAAGCAAAGAAAAUGAAUGUUGCUUCUUUAAGGUCUGGAGAAAAUCAAGGUGGUACUAGUGCUGAAGCAAAAUUAGCAAAGGUAGCAUUAACGACAAUAUCGCUGUGGUUCAUGGCAUGGACACCAUAUCUCGUGAUCAAUUACAUUGGAAUAUUUAAUCGAUCUCUGAUUACACCUCUUUUUACCAUAUGGGGUUCUCUUUUUGCAAAAGCGAAUGCGAUAUAUAAUCCGAUUGUUUAUGGAGUUAGUCAUCCAAAAUACAGAGCUGCACUAAAGGAGAAGCUACCAUUUUUGAUAUGCGGUUCAACGGAAGAACAAGCCGCUGGAGGAGAGAAACCUUCAGAAGGUGGUGGAAACUCAUAA